GGUCACCGCCUCUACAGGCCCAAGAUGGCUGGCACGAGUAUGUGACCCUAAAAAGAUGGAGUCUCCUGCCCUUUGCCACCAUCCUCCUGUCCAUCCAUCCCACACUAACUGCAGUGGUGACUUCAAUGGCUGACUGUCCUGGGUUUCUUCUUUUGGAAAAAACACCAAAUGUCCCCGACGUCUUGCAGGAAGGGACGAUGCUGGACCAGAACCGAUAUAAAGUCAUUUGCCAAUGUCUUCCGCGAACUUCAACCACAUCUGCCCCUCCCACUGCCACAACUAGCUUUCCCUCUUCCACCUUCCCUACCACCUUGAGCACCACUUUAUCUACAACUACAGACAAAACAACAACAGUCCCAACAACCACAACAACAACCACCACCACCGCCCCCACAACAACAACAACAACUACAAAGAAAAAGAAAGACAAUCCUGAUGAUAACAAGGGUGGUGAAGGUGGAGAGGGAGGUGCUUUAGGAGGUGGUUUAGGAAUGGGUGCUUUAAGAGGUGGUGGAGGAGGUGGUGGUAAUUUGCAUACAACAGUUCCUGCUACUCAAAAUGCCACUACAUCUGGCCAUGUAGCUACCACAACAAGAAUUCCUUUAACUGCUGCUAUCCCCAGUGUUGCCACUAAACCUACAACUACAGAAACAUCAACCGGAACAACUUCCCAAACCAGAACUAACUCCACCACUACGACAUCUACCCCAACUAUUCCUGCAACUUCCAAACCCCAAACUAACUCCACCACUACAACAUCAACCCCAACUAUUCCUGCAACUUCCAAACUCCAAACCAACACAACCAACCCAAUGCCAAAUAUUCCUGCUACUUCUGAACCCAAAACUAACUCCACCAAUCCAAAAUCAACCACAACUAUUCCUUCAAGUUCCGAACCCCAAAUUAACACAACCAACUGGACACCAACGCCCUUCACUUCUCCAACUCCCGGACCCCAAACCAACACAACCAACCCUACGCCAACUAUUCCUGCAACUUCUGAACCCCAAACCAACUCAACCAACCAGACACCAACACCCUUUAUUCCUGAAAUUAUUGAACCCCAAACCAACACAACCAACCCUACGCCAACUAUUCCUGCUACUUCCAAACCCCAAACCAACAUUUCUGAAUCCGAAAAUAACAUUUCCGAACACCAAACCAAGUCAUCAGCUACUUCUUUAACCUCUUGUCUGAUAUGUUCGUACAUUUUUUGUAUACUGUUUUGCUAAUACCUGAUUUACAGCUAGGCUAGUACAGCCCUACUGGACGAGACCAAUGGGGAAGUGCCAGAAUAAAAAUAUAUGGAUGCAUUUCCUGUCUCAUAACAGUGAAAUUGUAGGUAUCUAGGUAGUUUGGGUUGCCUUAACCCGACCAUGGUUAAAUUAAUUGGAUGCCACAUGUUGAAAUCACAUUAAAUAUGUAUUUGAAAAUCUAACCAUCUAAUAUAUUGUAAUUCAAUGUAAUGUUUGAAAGAAUUGUAACCCGACAAUAUGAAUGAAAUCAUGUAAAAAUCAGCUUUUUUUUCCAAAUGCGUCUCAGAGAGCUUUAAAAUCUCAA